UAUGACAGUGACGUACAAGUCAUGUAGUUCUUUUGAAUUCGAAUUUGUUGAUUUUGAGCGUUUUUCAGUGUUUCUUUCUCUAUUCUUCGGAAUUUAAACUUUGCAUUGCUAGUCACCGCAAAUUUUAAAUUAGUGGUAUAUUCAAAAAAAGUGCAAAAACACAAAAACACACCUUACCGGUUGUUUUGGAGGGAAAAAGUAUGUAUAGACACGCAAAAAGAAUCACGAAUAGAAAAGAUAAGAAAACUAAUAACAAGAAAAGAGCUAUAAACCCGCCAAAUAUCACAUCAAAACGCCUAACGGUACCCCAGGAUUUUUAUCACAAGGAAUUGUAUCCGACUCUGCAAGUAGAAAUAUGGCUUCAAACGACUUUGAUCGUGACAAAGAGAAUAAAUGUAUUUUGAAAGAGGAUUUGCAUGGUAUCUUCAACCAAUUUAAAUCAGGCUGUAAUGUGCAAAAUCAAAGACGUUCUGCUAGAAUUCAAAAGAAAAAUUUGGAACAAGGCAUCGACACUGCUAUAAGUGCUGCAGAUUAUUGCAGCAAAAUUUUAGAUAGUUCUCCUCAAUCUUCAAAUAGCUAUUCUAAGGUGCAAGAAAAUUUACCGAAAGGCAAAUCAAAAAGCAUAUUCAAAGAAAUAAACAGAAAGUACGCUGGACUUGAGAUUGCAAAUAAUCUACAAUCCAGCAAUUUAGAAUACAGGUCUAAAAAGUUUACGAUCGGCGAAGAUAAAAGUGAAUUUUGCAAUUUGUUACAAGAGGAUCUGUCGGUGCAUAUUAGAGAAGACAAUCUCAGACUUUGUAAAAGAGCUAUUAACAAAAAGAUGGGAGAAAUAAAUGAUGUAUUACUUGGACUGAAGACACCUGCUGAACCCACGUUUGCAGACCCAUCAUGUGAUGAUGAAACACCAUCAAAAGAUUUAGAAGAUCCUCUGCCUGGCUUCAGUUUCGUUCCAAGCUCCGAAUGGGUCUAUGAAACUCCGCCAAGAAGACCAAGACAUGUGAAUAUUCCUAAAUGUACAAAUAUGCAACCAGCGGUUCUAUACAAACAAAAUGAUGGUGUCAAGAUAUAUGAACUUGAGUCAAGCAGUCUAUACAGUAUGAACUCCGAUAGAAGGCCUCUUGGGGAUAUAAAGAAAACUUUUGUGUUUGAGAAAAAUUCACAGAACAACAUGUUUGAAGAUUUAGCAUCGUUUGACUGCCAUAACAACAGACAUGAUAAAGAUUUCCAUUUUAUAAAACCAUCAAUGCCGCAACGAACCAUAAACAUCAGUCCCCCGCCAAAAAUCACUAAAUGGAGCAGCCACGAUGAAACGGUGGUGCUCUCUGAAUUCGGAACAAAGCAUUGCGAGAGUCAAAUGAUCAUCGACGAUAAUAUCGGUCACGGUGAAGACAUACCAGAUGAUGUCACAAUGAUCGAAGAAAACGGGAAUUAUCGUUUGACAAGUUCCCAAAACGCAGCGCCACCAUUUAAGUUCACUUUUAAUAGUCAGACUAUGUUUGGGGAACAUACUCAACCGCAAGGUUCGUUUGUGUUUAAUAACAACCAUGACAUCGUAUAAGGUUCCAAUAUGUAUUUUUCAUUUUAGGUUUAUAGAUUGUUUUGUUUUGUUCUUAUUUAUCCUCAUUAUUAAAUAAUGGAUUUGUGUUGUGCAAUAACUUCGUUUCUGUAUAUGAAAUAUUUAAAUAAAUAUAAAACAUGUUAUUUUUUCUUUUCUUCGCCCAGUUAUACUUAAAAUAAUCAAAG